GUCUCUAGAUCAAACAGGAUUAAAUUAUAUAUUUUUUGUAGAUGUAUAUUUUACUCGCCUCCUCUCCAUUAAUUACUGUAUAGAUGUUUUUGCAUCGUUUCAGAAACAUAAUGAUAUGUCUGUAUGUGUGUUUGGAAUGUAUUAAGUAUAGGCUAUAAUCUUUAUGUUACAUAUGCUGCAGAAACCGAUUAGGCUGCAGUAUAUUAUUGCUGAUAAUAAGAAUUUAUUCUGAAAAGCUGUUUGCUGUCUUCUUUGUCUUUCAUGCACACUGUGUGAUUUGUCUUCACCUCUAAUUUGAUUCCUUAGUUUAAGAGGCGGAUGAUGAAGCCGCACAUUAGUCACAUUAUAAAAAGGGUAGAGUUAUGUUUUGGACACAGAAGUGACCUUUGAUUAGAGAGACAGAAGGAGAUAAUCUGAUCUUAAUUUUGCCACAUCUGAGUCACACAGAGUUCGCUAAAUGUCAAACCGUUAAUUUGAGAUUAUUAAUAGCAUCUGAUUAGCGCACAGCAAUGUGCUGUAAGCUUUCAAAAAACAUGUUGUGGAAGAAAGUUUGAUAAAAACACAUAUUUAAACUGGAGGCAUGAAGCUGAAAUAAGAACAUGUUCUAAUUUUGAUCAUUACUAAUUACGAUGUUUUAAAGCAGGAGUGGACAAUUCAUUUUUUUCAAAGGUCCACAUGAGAAACUGGGACUGCUGCGGAGGUUCACGACAAUAAGUCAAAUGUGCUAUCAUCUUUGUAUAAUCUUAUAAGCCAAACACUCAUUUCUCAAGUGGCCUCUUGGGAAAAUGAACAGCUCACCUCAGCCUUCAAGGAAUACACCGCAUACAGGUCAGUACCUAUAGCUUAUUUAGUUGGGUGUAGCUCGUGACCCUCUAAGAAAAAGCUAGCAUGAACGCGGCGCGCAUUCUGAAAGACAGAGGCACGCACGUGGCCCUAAUUAAAGCCAAUUAGCCAUUCCGUUUGUUUUUAUCACCCCAACGAAAAAUAUCUUCGGUUUAUCACCAUCCCAGAGUGACCAGCAACAACCCAGAGAUGUUUUCAUGUCUAAAUGUACUGCCAGCCCCACUGCAGCUGUGCCUGGGAAUGUGCCUUCACAAGGAUGUUGCAGAGGAGCAUAAAAAGGCAAAAGUCCAAAGCUCUAAAAUAGAACGGGACCUUCACAAACAUGCCAGCAUGGAGAAUAAUGUGGUCAAAAUCCUUAUGCUCGGUGCUCCAGAGACUGGAAAGAGUACAAUUGUCAAACAGAUAAAGAUAAUCCAUAAUCAUGGAUUCUCCAAACAAGAGCUUAUAAGUUUCAAGCCUGCAGUACUGGACAAUCUUCUGACCUCUAUGAAGACUGUUCUGCAAGGCAUGGGGACACUGAGGAUAAACCUUGCUAACAAGCAGAAUAAGGAUCAUGCUCGCUCCAUCCUGUCCUGCAGCCAGUGUUUGGGGGACGAUCAGGAGCUCCUUCCUUUUAUGGCUCAUGCUUUCUGUGCACUUUGGUCCGACCAAGGAGUCCGAGCAGCUGCAGCCCGAGGAUACGAGUUUGAGCUGAACGACUCUGCUCUCUAUUUCUUUGAGAACAUGAGUCGAAUCAUCGCACCAAACUACGUUCCCACAGAUGCAGAUGUUCUGAGAGUCAGAGUGAGGACCUGUGGAAUCAUUGAGACACAGUUUCAAGUUGAUAAAACUGUGUUUCGGCUGUAUGAUGUCAGAGGCCAGCAAAGUGCGAGGAGGAAGUGGCUAAGCUGCUUUGAAGGUAUUCAAGCUGUGGUGUUUGUUGUGGCCCUCAACAGCUAUGAUAUGACACUACUGGAGGAUCCUUCUGUGAAUCGGCUGCAAGAAAGUCUUGAACUUUUUUCAUCAAUCUGCAUCCACACGGUUUUCCAGCAAACCACCAUGAUUCUGUUCAUGAACAAAACGGACCUUUUCCGGGAAAAGAUCCUAAAAUCUGGAAGACACUUGAGACUUUACCAUUCUAGCUAUAAAGGUGCUGAUGGUGAUGUGGAUGCUGCAGCCCACCAUAUCACUGCAAUGUUCUCAGCAUGUAACAGCAACCCUGACAGGCCUGUGUACCACCACUUCACCACUGCCAUAGACGCCACAAGCGUACGGGUGGCAUUUCAUGUGGUCGUUGAUCAGAUUAUGAGGGGGAACCUAGAAGCUGUUCAGCUUGUUUAAGUCUUCUGAGACUCUUUAAAUUGUUUUAAGUCAUUCAUUGCUGUAAUUUCUCUGUAAAUUCUCAUGUGUGCUUUUGUCUUUUAGAACUUCAAAAUCUGAUGAAGUAAUACUAUUUAAUUGUUCUUUUUAUAACAUUUUAAAUAAACAUAUGCUUUUUAAGCAUGUCUGAUCAUUUUAUAAUUUGGCUC